GUCUCCAGUUCUCAGUCACGUGAGGACGCAAUCGAUCCUGCCGAUGGGGGUUUGCGGGGGCCGGAAGCGCCCUUUCUUCUUCCUCGUCCUCCCUCUAAUCCUCUUCUUCCCUUUGAUUCUCUCAGUGUCAAAAUUGCAUGAGAGUUCUUCGAUCCAACAAGAGCCGAAGCGAACUCGCCCUAAUAAAUCAGAUCACCUCGUCCUCGGACCCGCUGCCGGUCAGGGUUUGCCCGAUCGCCUCCAAUGCCAAGGCCUCAAAGCUGUCAAUAAGGUCCAUUCUUCAAUCUCACAUGAGGACAUUCAAAUUGGUGACAGCAUUUCAUUUGUCACAGUUUACACAAUUUACAACAGCCCGCGUGGAUCAGACUCUGCAAGGGCGGAUAGUAAAUUAUCUGAUAUGGUAAUUGUUGGAAACAAUUCCUACAGCAAAGCUGAAAGGUCCAUGGCCAUUCUUAUUGCUUUCAUAGACUUCAUACAGGUGUCAAUGCCAAGCAGCAGUGUAAUCAUAUUGACUGAUCCUGCUUCUGAGUUUGCAAUAAGAAAAAAUAAAGCAACAACAUUACCAAUUCCUGGAGAUUACUCACGUGGAAACUUGAUGCUUCAGAGAAUCAGGUCCUACAUUGCAUUCCUAGAAACAAGGCUUCAAGAGCAAUCUAAGGGCCUCGGGAGUACUAUUCACUACAUUUUCACUGAUUCUGAUAUUGCAGUGGUAAAUGACCUUGGGCAUAUAUUUCAGAAAGAUCCUAACUUUCACCUGGCCCUCACUUUUCGUAACAAUAAAGACCAGCCUCUAAACUCAGGUUUCAUUGCAGUAAGAGGCACUCCAGAUGGAAUUUUUAAGGCAAAGAUCUUUUUAGAAGAAGUUGUGAACGUGUACAGCUUGAAAUUUAUGAAGGCCUCCCGCAUGCUUGGUGAUCAGUUAGCUCUUGCAUGGGUAGUUAAGUCUCAUCUUCCAUUUGCUCUAAAGAAGUUUGGUAGGCAUGAAAGCUUCUCUGCUGAGCUAAACGGAGUGUCAAUUCUCUUUUUGCCUUGUGCUGUUUAUAAUUGGACCCCACCUGAAGGCGCUGGGCAGUUUCAUGGCAUGCCCUUGGAUGUCCAGGUUGUCCAUUUCAAGGGGUCGAGGAAGCGAUUAAUGUUGGAAUCUUGGAGCUUCUAUAACUCAACGUCCAAUAUGUCCGACAUGCUCUGCCGCGUUCUAAAAAGCGGAAGGACAAAAUACGACUUCUGAAUUCAGACAAGGUAGAUCAAUUGAUUACUGAGCUGAAGAAAGAUUGGUCACCGUGAACUGGUUUGAGAUGCUGAAAACCUACAAAACAUGUACCGAGGACAUACUCGGUGAGAUUUUCCAGUACAUUAGAACACCACCAAGUUAGAAAAGAAAUAAUAUGGUAAUCAAACUGAGAGGAAGAGAGCUUUACUCUGUGCCGAGUCUCUUUUAUAUCGCCUUCUUACUGUUGUACCAACUCGACCAUGAAAAAAGAGAUUUUUGUAUCUAGGUUAUUUAAGAAAAUAUUUUUGUUUG